AUAAAUUUUUCGAAACCCUUGAAACAUUAAAACAAAAUUAAUUAAUAGAUGUCGCCACAUUACAAAAAUAGAAGCACGUUGUGUCAAAACUGGUCAAAACUUAGCAACAAAUUUGUAUAGGUUAUGUUUCUUUAAAUAAUUAAAAUGCCAUCGAAUAAAAAGGUUAAAAAGCGUAAAAUUAAUUUGGUUUUCGAUGAAGAUAAACGUCGCGAAUUCUUAACGGGCUUUCACAAAAGAAAAUUGCAAAGGAAAAAGGAAGCCCAAGAAAAACUAGAGGCACAAUUAAAAGAGGAACGAAAAAGGCUUAAAAAGGAAGCGAAAGAAUCUUAUAAAAAAUUGGUAGUUUCAAAUAGAGAUAUAGUUUUAGAACAUGUUUUAGAAGAAGAAUAUGAUGACGAAGAGGUUACGGUUAAAAUAACGGAGAUAACAGCAGAAGAUAUUGCUAAAAAAAGCAAUAAAAUUGGAUUUAAUCAUGUUCAAAACGAUGAUGAUGAUGACAAAGAUGAUGACGAAGUUGAUAAUGAAAAAGGAGAAGACGGAGAGAUACCCGGAAUGGAAUUAAAAUUAAAAAAGAAUAAAAAUACUCAAAAGGAAGAUAAAAAAAUGUUUAAUUCCGUAAAAGACGUGAAAAAGUCUUUAAAAAAGAUUGCGACCCAAAAAGUAAAGAAAAGCAUUGUUUUUAAAAAGAAAGGAGAAAUGGAAAGGAAGAAAAUGUUGAAGAAAUCGUUAAGGAAAAAGAAAGAAAAUUUAAAAUUAAAAAAUAAACACAAAAAUAAUUCACGUAUUAAAAGUUGUUAAACACAUUAAAUUAUCGUAAAAAGAACAAGUUCCGAUUAAAUACUGAGCUUCA